CCUACUACGAGGGGGAGAGGGUUUGUAGGAGGGGCUUAAACUUAUACAUCUCUUAUAUUGAAAGUUCGAGCCAGUGGCUGGGAUAAUUUUUAUUUUAUCCUGAAACUGAACAGUAGCCGCUGUAACCAUCCACCUCUCGCACCUGGCAAUACACCUGCCUGUUGUUACCGUCAACACCCGCGCGAGACCUCCGGGCUUCACUAACGCUGUAAGGAUGAAGAUUGAGAACAGCCUGCCCCGCCCCCAGCUCCCCGAGACUCCGCCCCAGACAGGCCUGCAGUUCACCGUGGCAACGGAGGAGGACUUUGAUGAGAUCAUGGCCAUAAGCCAAGACAUCUACGGAGGGCUGGACUACCUACCGACCCGCUACACCGCCUGGCUAUCCGAGUCCAACCGCACUGUCAUACUGGCCCGCAAACAGGGCAAAGUGAUUGCCCUGGAGUCGGUGUGUGUGAUUGACGAUGGUGAGACCAUGCUGGUGGAGGGGUUACGUGUGGCUCCCCAGGAGAGGGGGAAGGGCGUGGCAGGGGUGCUGCUACGGUUCUGCUCUCAACUGGUCAAGUCCAAGUGGCCUGAGGUGAAGGUGACCAGGCUGACCCGCGAUGACCAGCUGGGGCCCAAGGACUUCCAGAAGUACCGCCUCAUCACCAAACAGGGCAUACUGCUGGUUCGCUUCAACGCUGAAGAUCUCAAGCUCCGGCUCUCCGAACUGGGGCCGGUUGUGACCCUCCCCACCUACUCCGAGGGUACCCCCCAGGGUUCUGACACCCCUCUGGUUCCUCCGGUCCUUCUGGACCUCAACGAGGCCCACCAGAUGUUCCUCAACGAGGGCCUGAUGUCCGACGUGCUCCCUAACGCUACCAUCGUCCAGGACUGGCAGCCGUUCAAGCUCGUGCCCAGCAACAUGGUCAUUCUUCUGAAGAAGGACAUCGACUGGAUGGUGGACGACCGCUGCACCCCCACUGUGGCCAGCCUGUGCACCCACCCCUUCUGGGUUCCCGGAGGUCCUCGCGGAGUUGGGACGGACACGUACUACCUCAACAUCGACGUGUUUGGCAAGGACAUAGGCCUGGUGCUCCAUCAGUUCCUGAGUCACCUGAGGCGCCACGCCACCACCCUGAAGGGGCACGUCAUGUGCCAGAUGUUCCUGGAUCCUCCCAUGUGGAAACCCAUGGCCGAAUUCUGUUGCCAGACACUGAAUGUGGAGCUGGUGAAGGAAUACACGGAGCAGUGCGUGGUCGAGUCGGAUGUCGUGUAGCCCGGAGGAAGAGGAUGAGGAAGAGGAGAGACAAGACGGAGGAAGAAACAUUAAAAAAUUUGAAAAGUUUCCAGAGACCCAAUGAACGAAUGAACCUCAUGAAAUGGAAAAGUUCCCCAAGAAACUUCAGAAGGAUUGGCAACAACCUCCCUAAGCAACUAUAGCGAAACACCUCAGAAGCUGCAUUAUAUUUGCAAUAUGUUUGAUUUGAACACUACCGCUAACAAAAAUAUUUUACAAAAAAAAAGGCAGCUACAUGAAAUACUUUUGACUAAUUAGUUUGAAUUAGUUUCUCACAGUUUUUUUUACCAUUUAGUCAUUUACACAAAUCUAGCUCUUAACAACAGGAUGCUAAUGUUAGUUCCUUUAAAAAAGAAAAAAAGAAAAAUGCAAGCUAGCUUGGAGAAUAUCAUGCCUUUCAAUCUUUUUAAUGUAAAUAUAAAGUAUAAAUAUGUACACAUUCUGAAUUGCAAAUAAGUCUGCACAACUCUUGAGGCACUUUAUGAAACCAUAUGGGCUGUUGUGCUAAAGUGCAAGUGAUGACGGGAGGAGGAGAGGAGUCGUUUAACUUUUAGAAAUAACAGAAUAUAACUGAUCUAGAACGCAUCACUCCCAUGGUAACGGUAGAAAUCCUUAUGGACCUAUUCUAUCCAACACCAAAUCCCAAAAUACUUUCCAACAAACAAUAGCUCUUCAGUGAAUCUUACAGAGCAUUUGCACGCUUAUAAUUCACACAAAAUGGCUGAACGGAACAGCUAUAAUUACACUGAAACGGAACGCUUAUAACACUAAAACAUGGCCAGUUUUUGCUUUUAAAACUAUUUCAUUUUUUUAAACAAUUGCUCAGUUGUUUUGUUUUYAUGUUUUUAAGCACUUAAUCAUAUUGCUAAUUUAUUGUUACUUUUCCUCGUGUACUUGAAUGCAACCGUAGUAUCUAAAGAGGUAAUAUAUUAUCAGCAGAAGCUUUCUGGAGGCUUUCUAAUACUUAAUGUGCAAUCCAAGCUUACUCUAUAGUACAUUGCUAAUAGUGUGAAAAAGGGAGCUGUACUUAUUACUUUACAGUAUACCACAAAGACUAAAACAAUUUAACUAAUAUAGUUCUGAUUGACUUAACAUUAACAACAUUGUUCAGUAGCUAGAGAAAUAUUUCCAUGGUAAAUUUCACCAUCGCAAAUAUUAGCUGACAACCUUUGUAAAGAUUGAAUUGUAGUCCCUCAUCAACAUAGACUCAGUCAUCAGACAUGCUGUGAAACAGCCCUCUGAAACCAUUUUAAGCUUCGUAGCCACUCUAAGAUGCUUCAUAACCCCUCUACGAAGCUCCAUAGCUACCCUAAGAAGCUUCAUAAGCUUUGGGACAUGAUCAGAGCUCAGCUAAGCAAAUGGGACACCCUUUGCUCUCGAAGGUUUCAUAACCACUUUACUAAGCUUCGUAGCCACUCUAAGAUGCUUCAUAACCACUCUACUAAGCUUCAUAGCCACUCUAAGAAGCUUUAUAAGCUUUCGGCUCUUGAACGUUCCCUUUAAGACAUGAUGCCCUUGACACGACGUAGCACUGAACGAGCCUACAUUGCAACCCCCAACUUGAGACUAAAACCACUACAGAUCAGUUACUGGCCACUUCAUUGACUCCAACCUGCCCUCGUUGUAAAAGGGACCUUGUUGUAAAGGAUGAAAUGGACGGAGGAAGAGAAUACCUUUUUAUUUUUUGGUAGACUGAUCAGUGACUCUGACUCUAAAGGAUGAACGCACUCACCCAUGAUAAAUGACGGAUUUAGGACUGGAUCGAUAUCGGACGAUGGAUGAGAUGCCUGGAGAAAGUGGAAUGAAGAAUGAAGCAAAUUAUAUACCGGAUUCCAUAUUCUUCAAAACAACCAAACAAUGCUUUGUCAAGGCUGACAAUGAUUUUCUCAGUUCUCUGAGAAGCACUUCCUAUUUUUUUUCACCGAUCGAAGAAGCAAACAUGGACUGACCCCCCUUUUUUGCUGUGGCGAGUCGUGAGGAAGCCAAAGAUGAAGAUGAAGAUGUGAGUGGCCUGACUCCAGUGGUGAAGAGAAGAAGCAGUACACAGUCAUUCCUACACCACCCCACCCUUGUCUCCAAAGGCAUUCCCCUACACAACAUACGAAACCCCACAUGAAACCCCCCAAUCAAAUAAUUUCUAAGAAAUUCUCCAUAAUACGGGAAGGUGGAGCUUUUCCUCACAAGCCCAUACAACCCCUCUCUCUUUCCAUCUCUCUUCAUGAAUAGAUUGAAGACCAAUUUAAAGCCACUGAGUUUAAAACAUCACUAUUGGCUGGUCAAAGGUAAGGUUCCCUGGAUGUACUGUCGUAUCCAUGCCGACCAUCUGGUGUAUGUAAAUGAUCUUGGAGAGCGUGCUUUCCUGCUGCUAGUGUGUGCCCACAAGACCAGAUGAUUUACUAAACUUAUUGUUCAGAAAACCGCCUAGUUACAUUUCUCCCUAUUAUUUUAAAGCUGGUUUGAACAAUUCAGAUUUUGACUUCGUAGGCUACGCCACAACACGAGAGUAGUCGUUUUGAAUUUACCUUGGUGGUGGUUGGACAUUUAAUGAAUAGAGCUCAGUGUAUUUACAAAAGGUCACUGAGAUGGGAGAAUAUGAGCUAAUUUGUCUCUCUGAUAAGACAGAAUACUGUUUAACAUUUUAAAAACUCCAGUCCAGUCCACACCCCAUAUCUGUGUCGGAACGGUCUGUCUGCACGAUUGGCAAAUGGAAAGCAGUUCUACUGUUACUUCGUGUUCUCCUUAUCUCGCCAUAGUAAAGAUGGAGCUUUCAGUUGUUAAAAGCAUCUGAGUGCGAGUGAGGAAUGUGAUUUUAUAAUUCCACAGUGUCAAGGUGGUGUUGGUGUUAGUGGUGGUAGUGGACUUUGCAUGGUCACAGACACACAGUGUUGUAUUGUAUGACUGCCAAUAUACCCUGCAGAGUCCACAGAUCAACUGAUCCAAUGGCUUUCCAAGACCAUAUGGCUAAAAUGGAUACCAGUACACCGCAGCACGUCCAGGGAUACGACAGGUUGGAGGGUAUUUGGUUGGAGGGUGAACACAGUCUUUGAUAUGAUGCACACAGACAUGUAUUAAAAACUAAAAAACUAUUCCCACAGCCUCAACACGCCCAUGCAAUCUAUUGCCCAAAUGCCCACUACUUACCCACCCAACAACAUGUUCAAAUCAAUGUUGUAUCCACUACUACGAUAGGGACACGGUUGUUGUCGUACAAACUGCCUCAGUCCUCAACAUACCCAUCCAGCAAAGACUAUAUCCCCCUACACUCCAUCUUCAUACGGACUAGACAUUAUGGUUUUAUCUUAAUUGUUGUCUGGUGAAUUGGUGGUUUGUCACUGUCACCUGGUAUAUUUCUAUAUUGUAUAUUUCUAUAUUUGACAUACAGAUAUAUGCACAGUAUUUCAAGGGGAUGUGAAGGUUGAAAUAAGAUGCAUGACUGUAGGUGUCUUUUGUCUUGUUCCUGAAGGUAUGUUUUGUGUGUUUGAGGGAAAGCUUGAAGGAGAAUGUUUGGUAGAGAUCCAAGGAGAUUUGAUUGGUUAUAGAGUGCUCCAAAUCGGAUAAUUCCGGACUCAUUCCAGAAUUUAAAUAAUUCCGGGCACUCUUAAAAGAUUAUGUAGCAGUACAAGUCAUCCACUGUUGUAAAAUGGGAACUCUCCUUCCUCCCUUGUCCCCCAUUCCACACAAACACAGCCGAGAGAACAAAUGUUGUUGAACCAACAGCCUUGGGAAUAGAUAUGAUGGACAGGGUCUAUAUUUAAGGGUUUCCUAAAGCACUGUGUAUUAGUAUGUGACAUGCAUUUUACAUGUGAAAGAUACUGUAUGGUUAUGUACUAAACCAGGAGGAGGGUAUUUAAUGCUCUCCCUUGAUGAGGGGUUCUUAACACAAUGAGGUUACUGUUACUGCACUGUGCUGCCAUUGAGUCGGAGCUCGGUCUGAGGGCGGUAAAGUAAGCACUUUGUUCAGCCGAUUCAUUGGCUCUCUGCUGCUGUGAUAAUGGCGGGGAGGGCAGCAGGCCAGCGAGGGAAACCGAAAGGAUGUACCAUCAGUCAUUCAUAGUUCUAACUGAACAGCUGAUGUGUUCUGAUGUGUUCUGAUGUGUUCUGUUGUGUCAUCGUCGUCAAGGUCGAUGUUAAUCAGCCACGGUUAUGGAGCAAACAUUAGAUUGGCCCUAUUAUUGAAUAAUUUCUCGUUAUGAAUCUGAUUGCAUGCUUAGUUCUGUAUUUGCUGAUUAAACAUAAAUAUCAUAUUUUCCCCCCCAAAAUAUUUAUUUUUAUUAAUUAAGACAUUAUCGAUCUAGUUUGAUGUACAAACCAUACUUCAUUUGAUGGCUGGUUAUCAUUUAGCUGUGACUCUGUGUUCUCUAAUUGUACAAAUAUAUGCAGGUUUUUUGUGUCUUUUUUAAAAUACUAAUUAUUUCCUCUUAUAUACCUUGUUUUCCAACCAUCCCAUUUUUUUUCAUUUUAAUUCCUCACCGCUUUUCACUUUGUUCUUAACACCGUCACAACAUGUAAUCUCUUUAAAUCUAUAUUUGGUCAUUUUGAAUACGGACACACCUACAGUAUUAUAAACAGCUGGAGCUGAGAUGAAGUAGAUGGAUGAGAGAGGUGCUACAGUUCUUAGCAUUUUGUCUGACAGAAAGUGUGACAGGUGCCAUGGUGACGUGGUUGAAACAGAUGGGAGGAAGUUCAGAGAUGAGCUUGUAUUGAUAACAUAGCCUGAUCCCAGAUCUGUUUGCGUUUUAGCCAACUCCUCUGUCUAUGAUAGUCAGACAAAUUUGGCUGAAGUACGUACUGAUCUCGGACCAUUAUAGUGGCUAGUCUUAAUAGUAGUUAUGGCUAUGCUUGGUGGUGGAGAAGGGGAGAGUAAACCGAAACCCUCAUCCCUCAUUUAUGAAAUGGUGGAGGUGGAGGUCAUAAAGAUGAGGGGGAUGGGGGAAGGAGAGGUCAGGGAGAGAGAGGGAAGGAGGGAUGGUGUGGGUGUUGUGGAGGAGGAGAUGAGGGAGUUUCUGUCUCUUAUUGCAGUACCUAAGUGGCAAAACCAGGGGAGGAUGGUUACAGUAGGUUACAGAACCCUGAAAAAUUAUAUGAAGCUUUGUCGCCAAGCUAAGAUGCUUUAUAGCCACUCUAUGAAGCUCCACACUGUAGAGUCUGAUCUUUGACCCGCAUGCACAGUAUGUGGGUAAAAGUUCAGACAAAAACGUGGGGGAGACAGAUAGCAACAGUAGGGAGAGGUGAAUGACAAUAGAGGACCAGGCCGGUCAAACUAUUUAUAUCUACUACAUUGUUAUGUAUCCACACUAUGUACCCUUCUAGUGUCUAGGGCAGAGCACAUGACUUCCUGGUUCUCUAGCUACCCAUGGACAGCAGGUGUAAAACACUGGUGACAAUUUAUCACUCACAACGCUGACAUUGAGACACUGACUAGACCAGAGCUCUCCAACCCUGUUCCUGGAGAGCUACCCUCCCGUAGCUUUUAAUUCAACCCCAGUUGUAACUAUCCUGAUUUAGCUUAUUAACCAGCUGGGUUAUUAGAAUCAGGUUUGCCGGUUUAGAGUUGGAGUGAAACCCGUGAGGACGGUAGCUCUCCAGGAACAGUGUUGGAGAUCCCUGGUCUAGAGUCAGUGUGUCUCAAUGUCAGUGUUGUGAGUGAUAGAUUGUCACCAGUGUUUACACCUGCUGUCCAUGGGUAGCUAGAGAACCAGGAAGUCAAGUUAAAGCUGUUCUGUUUGCAGACUGAGGCUGUGUUCAGAGUGAACAUCUAUGCCCUUCAUAGUGCACACUAGGCAAUAGUGUGCCAUUUGGGGCGCACAUUCAGGGUCCUUUCCAUGCUAAAAUACAUUUGGCUUAUCGUUGAAUCCCCUAUGGUGAGGUGAGAGCCAGCAAGGUUUGUAUUUAUAUCUAUAGACUAACUCCACAUGAGAUGGAGUUGAAGACCCGUCACCUGCUAAUAUUAGGAUACAUGAUACAGUAAGGCCCCUUAAACACACAGUCACACACACGCACACACACACUUUAUACACAGACAGGAGAGUCUAUUCCUCUCCUAAACUGCUUAGCCAGUGACAUUUAAGAGGCUACGACGACAGUUAGCUAGAGUUUCAGCUUUGUGUGUGUGUGUGUGUGUGUGUGUGUGUGUGUGUGUGUGUGUGUGUGGGUGUGUGUGGGUGUAUGUGAGUGUGUGUCUGUGUGUGUAAUCUGUCGAUGUGUCACAGUGUCUGGUUGCACGGCGAGAGACACAGAGACCCUUUUCAGACAGAUUUCUCAGCUGGUUGUGAAUGGAAAGUCUGGCUGUGUCCCAAAUGGCACCAUGCUACCUAUGUAGGGUACUACUUUUAACUAGGGCCCAUAGGGAAUAGGGUGAGAUUUGGGGCAACAACUCUGCGAAAGAGAGAACGGGGGGAAGGGGCAGAGGAAAAAGAGGGAAGGGGGGAGAGGUUAGGGGAAAGAGAGAGAGAGUUUUUCAGAUGCUUGUUGUGGGUUUUGGAGAGAGACAGAUGGGUACCUACAGUACUGUCUGGUUUUAUGGCCGUUGGAAGCUGCUGCUGGUGAAUGUGGUUUUGGCUGGGUGUUUAAUAAGGAUCUAGGACUGCGUGGAAUGGAUUCAAGCAGCUGUCUCGUCCAGUCAUUGGGAUCGAGUAGCCACAAGUAAUGUAGAUGUACACACACACACACACGCACUUGCAACAUAUAUAACACACACACACACGCGCACACACACACACGCUUGCACAUUUAACACAUUUAACACAUUCAAAAACUAUUUUUUCAUAAUCCUAUUUCUCUAUAUUUUCUAAAUGAGUAUUAACAACGACCCUAAUGCAUGUUUUAUUAUGGCCUUGUCGACUUCAGAAAGGGCUGUUGAAUUUAUAUUUCAUUUUGUUCUCGGUUUUUCAUCCAUUCAUUUAUUUGUUUAUUUCUCCUUCUUUGAACCCUCUGUAUUCAGACACAUCUUAAUCUAUGACAAAGAUUAGGAUCAUUUUGUGCCCCCAUUUUGUCUGAACCUGGGAAAGGAAUCAAGAAGAGAGGCACAAAUGAACCCUUGAUUGCCUGACUACGAGCAAAUAUAAAGUCUUUGCCAAAUUAUAAAUUCAACUAAAACCACCAUCAAAACAAAACUGAAAAUAAAACUGGAAAGACAAAACAAAACUGAAAAGGCAGCUGGAAUUGACCAGUGGGUACAAGCUUUUGAAGUAUGUUCUUCUUAAUGCCCUGCUUAAGGGAAAAACGAAGAAAAAACCCUUGUGAAAGAAAAGAAAAUCUAAUCUUACUACUUGGCCAUACUGCACCAUGCCGAUGCCUCUUUUGUGAACAACUACUGUAUUUGUGCUCUUGUGCAAUUAUCUCUUAUGUUACUGUUGAUGAGACAUACUGUAAGGAACAUGGGAGUGGUAGAAACCAUAGGAAUAGAAACAUGGCCGCUGUUACCGUUGAUUUGAAUGGGAAUGGCCGUUCUAGGAAUUCUAUUUCGAUGGGUGAGAAACGCAGCUGGACCUUCUCACCCUAUCAAUCUGUGACAAUGCAUAUAGCCCACGUGUUGUGAUAGCUAAUCAUGCUAACCGUGCUACGUGCAUGUUAUCCAACCCAAAUUAUCAUCUGACUGUCCUGCAUAUACAGACAAGUAAUAUAUGUGGUCUGGUCACGUUCAUGUGUACAUUGUAAAUAACCUAAAAGCCUAUCUAUCCAUCUGAAGGGAAGAAAACAAGACACAGCAUAUUGUAAUUUUGUAUGUUUGAACAGAGAUUUUAGAUGCUAUAUGCAAGAUAAAAACAAACAGUAAAACACA